AUGGCAACAGCCAUGCGCACACUCCUUCCUUUCUUCCCGCCCGAGCUCCGGAACUCAGUGUACAGCUACCUCUCACCGUCAUCAACACCGACCAACACCGGCCUUCCAAUCCAGCUCAAGUCCUAUUUCUGCAAACACACACUCAUCCAAAUCUGCCCCGUUCACUCUGGUUCUACCGCCCUCCUCGCGCUCCAGCGCUACGCCUAUCUCGAGGGCAACGAGUACCAGACAUGGCUUCUCAACCAUGCUAUUACGCUCCGCGUCGGCGUUAUAUUCAAGGGGCGGGCCAACACGUUCGUGCAAGAGCACUGGGACAAGAAGAUCGAGAUACACCUUCACAAGUUGGCGAAGCAGCACCCCUGGUUGAGGAAGGUAGCCAAGUACGAUAUCCAGAUCUUGUGGGAUGCGCCGGAUGGAGUAUUGAAGAGCAAGCACAACCGCCGGAGCGCGGGCCAGAUACCGAGGGCCAUGGUGCGUACGCUUACAGGGCUGAUGGAUGAGGAUGUAAGGAGGAAGUUGGGCGAUGUGCAGGUUAGGCUGCGGCUGGAGCAUCAUGUUGCGGGUGUUGCUGUCAGGUCUACACCGCGGUUUGGGCUAGGCAGCUUCGUGUCGCUAUCAUCUGAUGCUACGGUAUUAGGGUGUGCGCGGCAGACGCUGGAGGUCUGGAAGGAGCCGUGUCCGAAGGUUUUGCCGCGCAAGUCUGCGCGACUGACGCCAGUCCUAACGAAACCUGAGGAGAAGGAAUUGCUGAGGUGUGAGAAUGGAAGAGUGGAUUGGGUGGACAGGGGCCAGGGGACUUUGGUCAUGAAGAAGACCGCGAUACUGGAGAAGCGGGCGUGCACAACUUUCAUGGACACAGGCGUAGCACGCCGUAGAAGAUCCGAGGCAUCUGCGACCAAUCGACCCCAGUCGUUCCUCCCGCUCUCGACGAGCGCACGUCAUCAUACAUCGAAGCAAGAGACCACCACCAUACAACUUCCACAUGCUGCCCGCCAUGCUUUUUCGCUACCCCUCACAUACACCAUGUCGGCUGGAUACUUCCCCAAACGCGAAAAGGUCGGCCUUGAGGACCUCUUCCAGGGCCUCGUCACCGCUUCCCACAUCCUCCAUCACCAUGACGUCCUCGACGCGUACGGGCAUAUUUCGGUCCGCUCACCAGAUGACCCUGCAACCUUCUGGAUGCCUUGCAACAUGCCACCAGCUUUGGUGAGCUCGGCAGACGACCUGGUCGAAUACCACGUUGAAUCCGCUGGAGCUGUCGAGAAGAUCGCGAAGCCGGGCUACAUCGAGCGGCAUAUCCACAGCGAGAUAUACAAGCGCUUCCCCAACAUCAACAGCGUCGUGCACAGUCACGCAAGCGACGUACUGCCCUACUGCAUCAGCGGUGUACCUCUGAAAAACACGUUGCACAUGGCUGGCUUCUUGGGAACGAAUGUUCCCGUGUGGAACUCUUCUGGGUCAGACUUUCUUGUCCGCGACUCGGCUCUCGGCGCUUCGCUCGCAGCAUCGUUCAAGCCGGCGACUUCGGCUGGAUUCAUAUACUCCAAGGUCCGAUCGGCUCUCCCGGGUGCCAAACCCGAACCUUCCCUUGAACCGGACCACGCAGUUGUCCUGUUGCAGUCUCACGGCUUCACUACGUUGGCCCACGGGAUUGAAGAAGCCGUAUACCAAGCGAUAUACACUAAGGAGGCCGCCAAGGCGCAGACCACGGCAUUGACUAUCCACAACGCGCACUUCAGCCACACCUUGGAGGGUAAAAUCGAUAUUGAGGCAGGCGGCAAGAUAAAAUCCGGGAAAGCGAAGGGCGAAGGUGAUCUCAAGUACUUAACUGAAAAGCAAUCCCACGAUACUUGGGAAUCCAUGCAAGCGACAGUGUCUAGGCCGUGGGCGCUGUGGUGUCGAGAAGUGGAGACCAGCCCGCUUUACAGAAACGAUUGUCCAAGUGGUGAAGAUUGA